CAAUCACCAAAGAGGACACUAUACACGAGAGUGACCAGGAGUCGGAACACGAGGGUCUGGUAAAUGGUGUGUCCCCAGACGGUGUGCGAGGCUACCCCGGGGCCAACCUCACGCUCCAGCGCUGUUCCUACAAGGACGACUAUGAUGGUCCUAAUGGGAUCAACCCUGCCAAUAGACACACGGGUGGUUAUCACACCCUCGGCCGGCCUACUGUCGUCCACCGUCUAACAAGUAAGAACCAUGCACCGGUGAAGAGGCAUCACUCGGCUGGGGACAUGCUGGACGGAACAUUUGAUCUGGACUCGCCACCUGACAAUGAAAAACACGAACGACCCAAGUCUGAGGGUCAUACGUAUCUACGUCAGUUCUCUCCAAAACGAACUUCUAGUUAUGGUGGGAAUUCACCGUUUGGAAAAGCUGAUUCUUACCAAAAGUUGGAACAGCUUGGAGAAGGGAGCUAUGCAACUGUGUAUAAAGGAUUUAGCAGUUUAACGAAUCAGAUUGUUGCUCUAAAGGAAAUCCGAUUACAAGCGGAGGAGGGAGCUCCCUUUACUGCCAUCAGGGAAGCCUCACUUCUGAAGGGUCUAAAACAUGCUAACAUCGUCACGCUUCAUGACAUCAUACACACCAAGGAAACCUUAACUUUCGUGUUUGAAUAUGUUCAUACAGACCUCAGUCAGUACCUAGAGAAACACCCGGGCGGUCUCAAUGCUUUUAAUGUGAAGCUGCUGUUGUUCCAGCUACUCCGGGGCCUGGCAUACUGUCAUCAACGCAGAAUCCUUCACCGAGACUUAAAACCACAAAACUUGCUUAUUCACGAAACUGGUGAAUUAAAGCUGGCUGAUUUUGGCUUGGCACGGGCUAAGUCCAUCCCGAGUCAUACGUACUCCCACGAAGUGGUGACCUUGUGGUAUCGGCCUCCUGACGUCCUCCUCGGCUCUACCAACUACUCCACCUCACUGGAUAUGUGGGGUGUGGGCUGUAUAUUCACCGAGAUGAUAUCUGGAAUGGCGACCUUCCCAGGCAUGAAAGAUUCUGUGGAUCAGCUGGACAAAAUCUUCAGGGCCCUUGGAACACCAACCGACCGGGGCUGGGAAGGAGUCUCAAAGUACCCCAACUACAACCUCAGUAAGUAUUCAAUAUCAGUGUACCCCAACUAUAACCCCA